GCGGCAGUGGCGGCUGGGCUGAGGGGGGGCGCUGGGGCCGGCCGGGUGCGGCGCGAUGCGGGACAGCCGCCGCCUCGUCCCGCUGCUGCUCCUGGCGCUGCUGCCCGGGCUGUGCCACGGCAGGGAGCCGGCGCCGGGCGCCGUGACUUGCGGUUCGGUGCUGAAACUGCUCAACACCCGCCACAGCGUGCGGCUCCACUCGCACGAGGUCAAGUACGGCUCCGGAAGUGGGCAGCAGUCAGUGACAGGAGUUGAAGCUUCAGAUGAUGCCAAUAGCUACUGGCGGAUCCGUGGGAAGAGUGACAGCAGUUGCCAGCGUGGGACACCAGUGAAAUGUGGGCAAGCUAUACGACUUACCCAUGUUAACACUGGGAAAAAUCUGCACACUCAUCACUUCCCAUCACCACUCUCCAAUAACCAAGAAGUAAGUGCCUUUGGGGAUGAUGGCGAAGGAGAUGACCUGGAUUUCUGGAUUGUGCAGUGCAGUGGGACUUACUGGGAGCGGGAGGAUGCCGUGCGCUUCAAGCACGUGGGGACUGAGGUGUUCCUGUCCAUCACGGGGGAGCAGUACGGCCACCCCAUUAGAGGCCAGCGGGAAGUUCAUGGCAUGCCUGCUGCCAACCACCACAACUAUUGGAAAGCCAUGGAGGGAGUCUUCAUCAAAUCCAGUCUGGACCCUGCAAAACAUGAUGAGCUCUGAAAUUGACACAGGAUCCAAAAUGCUCCAUUUGACUCCAGUGUUCGGAGAUGCUAAUCCUUGGUCUCUUCUAAGUCCUGCCUUGCCUGAGCGACUGACUUUCUGUUUUACUGAAGGGCAUUAGUUCAUUCUAGGAAUGCAGCACUUCAGUGGUGGAUGGCUUCUGCCAGGUUCAGCCACUGACAUUUAUUUGGUGAAAUCCUUUCUGAAUUUCCAAGCUUUAUUGGUGAAACUAGUUCAUACAUCUGUUAGGUUUUGUUGUCAUUUAUUUGCUUGUUACUUUUUCUCGAAAUUGAAGGAAAUGAGAAAAUGAAAGGAGUACUUUUCUCUAGUCUAAAUAAAACUUUGUAUUUUGUAAUCUUUUUCCAGCUAUAAUUAAAUAUUUGGAAACUUUUUUGUUUCCAAAGAUUUCUUUGUCCUAGUGAAACAAUGUUAUUGAUAAGGAGAUGGCUUGAGUCUAGAAAUGGAAAAAUGGUUCUGAAAUAUGGUGUUUUUUGAAUGCCUUGCAGUCAGCUAUUUGGACUUUAAGUUAAAAAAAAAGUAUCCAUUUGAAAAUUGCAUCCAAUGUCUUAUGAGAGUUUCAUUCUGUAUUAUAUUGGAAGACUUGAAAAUGUUGUGUAUGUUGGAGUAAGAAGGCAAAAUUUUAAUAUUUUCACUUCAUCCAAAAAAUUUGGAUGUUCUAGUAGUGGUGGUACAGCUGAUUGUCCAUUGGUAAGGCUGCUCUGCUCUAUGAACAGGUGUGGAAAACUGCUGCUUGCUUAAUUAAUAUUAGAAUUUUACAAACUUUCUUAGGUGCAAAGGAAGAGUUGAAUUUGGCUUACUCCUGUGACACUCUACAAGAUCAGUGUGACAAUCCAGGUGAAAAAAUAGUGAGGCAUACACCAGUGUGGGGGUUUUUAUGUGUGAAUCCAGAAGAAUAAAAAAAAAAUCUGAGACAAUGGUUUGGUCAUGGAUUUCUGACAGAGUGGUAUGCACUGGAGUUCUAGCAAGGAAUCUUCACUGAACAAGUUAAGAAUUUCUGUGUUCCUCUGUGAAAAGAGAAAUUAAUUUUUCAGUGUGUUUUUGACACAGUGUUACUGGAAAUACUGAUUAAAAUUCAAAAUACCAUAUAUUUGUGAUUUUGUUUCAAAUUGAAAAGCUCACUAAAUGAGUGAGAAAAGUCAGAACAAUCAGGUGUUCUUGUUUCCAUGUAUAAAUAGUUUACUGAUUACGGUGCUCAUUAGUCAAUCAGUUAAAGAAGCAGGAAGCUGUGGUCGGGAUCUGCAGUGUUGGUGUUGUGUUGAGAGGGUGCAGCAGGCAGUUGAUUUCAUCUUUACAAAUCCAGCAGCUGAUCUCUGCACUUCAUGCAGAGUGCUGUCCAGGCUGGCUCAAGGUUUUAUUUAAGGAUUUUCUGCUAGGGAAGAUCUGUCCAUAUGGAACAAGGAAACCUCUGUAAGAGCACUUCUGUGUACCUUGCUAUUUUUCUUCAAAGAAAAACAUAAAAAUGUUUUUCUACUAAUUUUAGUUGCACAUGUGUAUUUAAGAAUUGCAGGCAUUUUGAAGAUUAAGUAGACUGGCUUUUGCUGUUUUGUAUUGGAAAUAAACUUUCAUGUGAUUAAUA